AGUAAUUUCUUGGAAAAAAUAAUGAAUCUAGGCUGGAUGAACUUGGCCUCUCUAUUCGCAAGUGAGCUUGGCAAGCUCGGAGACCUGUCCGAAGCAGAGUUCUUAAAAUUCACGACGUCAUUCCAAUUUUCUGGACCUAUCGACCUCUCGCAGAAGUACUUUGCUAAGUACAACGUCGAGCCUAUAUACUAUCAGCUAUCGUAUAAGUCGAACCACAGCCUCCACAUGUUGUUCGACAGAAGGUUAAACGGUACCGGACAUACCGACGAUCUCGAUUUACUGUUCAACAUACGACUCAUGCUACCGACCGAUCCGCUCAAUUCUUUCAAUCUGUAUCGAAAGAA